AUGAAUGCGUUGAAGAUGACGUUGCAGCUCAAACCUGGAGGCUUGCUGGUGGGCGGUCCGCCCUGUAGCAGCUGGGUUUGGAUCAACCGAGCCACCAGCAAAAGAUCAAAGGUCCGAAUUCUGGGUGACAGCAGUCGUGAAUACGUCCGCUUGUCGAACCAGAUUACUUGUCGUUGGAUCCUGCUGGGUUUGAUCGCAAUUGCCCGUGGAUGUUCGUGGCUGACCGAGCAACCACGAUCCAGCCUAAUGCCUUUUUUGGCAUACUUCAAGUUUGCAGCCCUCGCCAUUCGACCAUCACCGUGGGAGUCAGUCAGCUUGCCCGGCAUGGAUUCCGAAACUGCAGCGCAAGCUGGGGAAGAGGGACAAGGCACGCAUUGCAAAGGCAAAGGAGAACCGAAAGAAUGCCAUGGUUAUCAAGAGGAACGAGCUGGUGGCAUUGUGACUCCUCCUUUGCAGCCUGGCGUCAAACAACCGCAGCAGCUCAAGGCUGAAUGGCAUGGGGCGCAGCAGGCGCCCUACCGCUGGCGCCAUGCAAUGCUAGCACCCAUCUCUGACUUCCUGAAGCAGGAGCGAGCAACUGGUGCUUACACCCCGUUUGACAGUCUGGGUAUCAUGGCUGAUGUGGCACGUCGUGCGCUGGAAGCAGCGGCGCUCCGUGCACAAAGGUUGUCAACACAGCUUGCUGCCAAGCCGGUGCCGCCUGGUCCAGAAGCACGUGUGAUGCCACGGCCUGCAGAAGGAGAAUCUGACAGCCAAGCCACCACAGUCCCAGCAUCAGACUCUCAGUUGGAGCAUGCUUUGGAAACCUCAUGCCAUACGCCCCCAUCCAAGAUCCGCAGGGUUUUCACUGCUGAGCCAGAUGCAGUGGACCCCAGCUCUAAAGAAAAGGUAUCAGUGCCCAAACCCAGCAGGAAAGUUCGCAAAGCUGAAAAAAAAGCAAAGAAACUCAGAGAGAAGGAAGCCCAGGGCAGCAUGAACGGGAAAGCAGAACAACAUGACAACCUGACUGGGCACAACCAGGGAGGUGGUGAAGGGGUCCCAAGCCAGGCCUCGGCCCUACCAUCGCAGUGCAAGGUUGAGGUUGGAGGUGACAGACUGCCCAGUGUUGCAACACAAUACUACAGCCCUUCCGCCCAUGCAGCACCUUCUACCAGCCCACCAGUGGCAGCACCUUCUACCAGCCCACCAGCGCCAGCAGCCCCAAAGCCCACUGCUGCCAAAUCAGCACCAUGCAAGAGAGCUACUGAUGCAGUGAAGCAGCAGCAAGCUGACGAAGCACCCGACACACCUGGGCCUCCUACCGCGACCAGGCAACACCAGCAGGCAAACGCUGAACAUGAAAACUUGAGGCGACCAGAAACACAUCAGCAACUGCCAACAUCGCCGUUACCGCCAGCUCCGGCUGCCACACCAGCUGCCCAACCAGGUGCCCAGCCAGCUGGAACACCAGCUGCCACACCAGCUGCCACACCAGCUGCCACACCAGCUGCCACACCAGCUGACACACCAGCUGCCCCGCAAGGGAAUGGGGAUGGUAACACACAACCUGGUGCUGUGGAGGCUGUGGUUCCAAAAAGACGUCGAGAAAAAACGCCGCAAGAAAAGGCAAACCAUGCCCGAUUUAUGCGCUUCUCCCGGCACAUCAUGAGCUCUUCGAAGCUCCAGGUUUUGAUGGAAGAGUGGAUGUCAUCAAAGGGAAACUGGAAGGAAUCGAAACUGUACCAACACAUGACUUUGAAGAAGAUGGAGCGCACCCACGGAGCCAGGGUGUGGCUCACCCGUUCGCAGUUGGUGAAAAAGUAUGAUUCAGAGGAAAUCGCAGAUGACAUCUGCAACACAAAGUUAACGGACGCUGAGUUGUACGAAAGUCAUACGAAGCCACACCCAGAUUGCCCGCAGAACGAGGCAAUGCGGCUUUACUUGGUCUGGGACUCCGAGGGAAUCUCGGAGUCCUCAGACAAGGUGCUGGAAGAGAUUUUCGAAUCGGUGGAUGCUGACAGCGACAGCGAGGAGGUGGGAAACAGAGGGCGUUCUGACAAAAAGGACAAGAAGAGGGGCAAGAAACGCUCAAAGUCAAGUGGUGGGUCUUCCGCCGUCAGCGAAAAGAAGAAAAGCAAGAAGAAAUCUAAGGGCAAGAAGGCGAAGAAAGAAACGAAGGAAAAGAAGGAGAAACGCUUGCAGAAAGAACAGGAGAAGCGUGACAAGGACAAAGUCAGAGAGCAGGAGAAGGCAGAAAAGGAACUGCUGGGAAAAGCCAAGAAGGCUAUGAGCCGAGUCAACGACAAGAUCUCUCAUGCCUGCAAGAAGGAAAAGAUGGUUGCCCAAAUGCUGGGGGCCUCGGCGCCUCAGGCGUUGCGAGCAGCGAUUGAGGGCGAGCUGGUGCAUUUCAAGAAGAAGUUGCUCAAGAUCCGUGAUGACCUCCAAGAUCAAAUUGACAAUCUUGACGGAUCCAGCGUUGGCAAGGAGAUGAAGGCUUUGAAAGCUCACGCCCAUGAUUCAGAUGGCCACAUCGUGCAUGGUAUGACCAAGAAACUGGGUAGAAUGUCUGGCCGGAACAAUUCCAGGGAUUGGUGGAGAAACUUCAAAGAUGGGCCAGCAAUUGAACGCAUCAAACUUCCAGUGAAGCACAUGGAUCUAGAAGAUGGCCUUGAAAAGUUCAGGAUUGAAGAAUGGCCAAUAAUGGAUCCACACUCCAUUGCGCACUUCCUCUUUGAAUACGCUGGAUUGAGAAUUCCAUCAUCAUGUUUGAGGGAAUAUUGGGAGCACAACUCCAAGUACGGCGAGCCUUGGGCACAAGGUGUGCCUGUUGAUGCGGUCCCUUUGGGCAUCUACGGGGAUGCAGCCAGGGUGAACACCAAGUUUGACACCACCAACUGCAUUGGCAUUUACUUCAACAUUCCGCUUUGGAAACCCAAGACUGUCAGGGCUUCCCGGUUCUUGGUGACGGUCAUUCCUGAGGAGAAAUGCUGGCGUCAUCAUACCAUCCAAGUCCUUUUACGAAGGGUGACAUGGUCCCUAAACUGCCUGUGUGAUGGCUGUCACCCUGAUCAGGGGCCAUAUGGUGAGCAGUUGCCGAAGCACCUGCAAGAUCUAGCAGGACAACCUUUUAAAUUCAGGUGUGCCAUAACCGAGAUCCGUGGGGACUGGCAAUGGCACAAAAGAACUUUCCGCUUUCACAACUGCUCUUGGAAUGGAAUCAAGAUUUGCUAUUGGUGCAGAGCUUUGUCCCAAUCAGAUGAUCCAGCUGACCUUUAUUGGUCAUUCGAUUCUAGCAACUGGAAUGACCAGCUGUUUACCCGUGACGAAUUCUUGGCGGAACGAAUGCCUCCUUCAGGGGUGUGUCCUCUCGUUGGACUUCGCAACUUUCACCCAAGUAUGAUUCGCUGGUGCCUGAUGCACGUGGUUCAUCUGGGGCUCCUCUUUGUUUGCAAUGGAUCGGGCAUGAAUUUGUUACUUCGAUGCGGCUGGUUUGGCCAUGACGAGGUUUCAGUUUCAGUGAAACUGGCAAGGGGAUAUGCGAAGUUCAAGCAGUGGUGUUCUGCAAACAAAAUCGAAUGCUCCCAGCCACCUUUCACAGAAAAAAUGUUGCUCAAGAAGAACUCGGACAUCCUUUUCACUGCGAAAGCCUACAAUGGCCGUGUGGUCUUGGAAUGGCUGACCCAUGAGGUCUACAUGGCAAGUACUUGUGAGGGCUUGCCACAAUGCGAUGGGCGAUUUCAUUUGAUUGCAGCUGCUUUGAAGCUCUGGCUGGCAAUCUCUGAAUGUGGAGUGUUUACAUGCAUGGGCUCUUUAUGA